AUCAACGCGACUGAAUUAAACGAUAUUUGAAAUGACAGAUGUCUUGUCAUUACUUUAUCUUUUAAUUACGUUACAUGCCACAUGAAUUAUAGGACUUUUUUAGUCCAAACGAUGUGGUGCUUGCUAGAGUUAAGAGAUGGGAUAUGGUACAUAUCCCAAAAGUAGUACAAAAGUGAAAAUUGUUGGAGGAGCUGAAUGCAAAGCUCAAAUCUAAAAAACUUUGCACUGUGGCCACUUAAAACAUUGAUUGAUUACGAUGCAUGCAAGAAAAGAAACCUAAACAGAACAGAACCAAAGUAAGGUAGCUCCAUUAAAUUAACUACUCCAAAAACACCUUUUUCUUCUUUCUUUCUAUCACUAUAUCAAAGUUUACUUUUGAACCAAGCACUCACGAGACAUCUCUGAAAACUUUUUCCUUUCAAUUCAUCUUUAUGCUGCUAAACAACCUAAUCUCCUCAUCCAUCAUCCUAUUAGAAAAAAAACCGUGAAAACUGUUUUUUCUUCUUCUUCCUCUUCCACAUAUUCUCAUGAAACUUCUCUUCAUUUUGUUCAUAUUUUCUUUAUACAAUGAAACCUCAACACCCUUUUAUAUUCCUUUCUUUCUCUCUAGUUCUUAUGCGUUGUAACGGUUUUUAUCCUUCGCAACUUUGAUGAACCAAAAGAGUCCUGUUGCUUGUUAUGUAUCAUAAAUGAAUCAUUUUGAUACAUGCUCUUCAAUUUUCGUCGUCGUUGGAGCCGCCUAUGUUUCGAAAUCGGUUUAUGCACUUCUUGAAAUCAAUUCACACGUUCAGAAGAAAAAUUCGUUUUGACAGACUAUACUUUUGAUCAUAGCCAUCACAUCACAUACAUAACAAAUAAUAAACCAUUUUCCAAAGGCAUGAGCUUUGCUAGAACUUCAAUGGCAGGUUCAUGGUUCACCAAGCUUCGCAUGCGAAGGUCUAAGAGUAAUAAACCUUUACAAGAACCGUCUUCUUCGUCUUCUAAGCCUCGGUUGAAUUGUGAUGCAGACAACAUGGAAAGAAAGAGAUUUGAUAGCUUAGAAUCAUGGUCCAUGAUAUUGGACUCUGAGAAUGUCGAAACAUGGGAAGCUUCGAAGGAGGAUCAGGAAGAAUGGACGGCCGAUCUUUCUCAGCUUUUCAUCGGUAACAAGUUUGCGUCCGGUGCUCACAGUCGGAUUUACCGUGGAAUUUACAAACAAAGAGCUGUUGCUGUUAAAAUGGUUAGGAUUCCUAAUCAGAAUGAAGAGAGAAGAACAUUGCUAGAACAACAAUUCAAAUCUGAAGUUGCUUUACUCUCACGUCUCUUUCAUCCUAACAUAGUGCAGUUUAUUGCAGCGUGUAAAAAACCGCCUGUGUACUGUAUAAUAACAGAAUACAUGUCACAAGGAACUCUAAGGAUGUAUCUGAACAAGAAAGAACCAUACUCUCUUUCGAUCGAAACUGUACUAAGGUUAGCGCUUGACAUAUCAAGAGGUAUGGAGUACCUUCAUUCUCAAGGUGUGAUUCAUAGAGAUCUCAAAUCAAAUAACUUGCUUCUCAAUGACGAGAUGAGGGUUAAGGUGGCGGAUUUCGGGACAUCGUGUCUUGAAACACGAUGCCGAGAGACUAAGGGAAAUAUGGGAACUUAUCGUUGGAUGGCGCCUGAGAUGAUUAAGGAAAAACCUUAUACGCGUAAAGUUGAUGUUUAUAGCUUUGGAAUUGUGCUUUGGGAACUUACAACUGCUCUGCUUCCUUUUCAAGGAAUGACUCCGGUGCAAGCCGCUUUUGCAGUCGCUGAGAAGAACGAAAGGCCUCCAGUACCUGCAAGUUGUCAGCCAGCGCUUGCACAUCUAAUAAAGCGAUGUUGGUCAGCAAAUCCUUCAAAGAGACCGGAUUUCAGCGAUAUUGUGUCUACUCUCGAGAGGUAUGAUGAAUGUGUGAAGGAAGGUCUUCCUCUAACGCAUCAUUCAGGACUAGUCACCAAAAAUUGUACUUAGUUUUUAGUUUUCAAAGUUUAAUUAAAAUGAAUUAAUUGUGUUGAUGUUACAGCGGACAAGCAUCCUAUGACCAUUUUGCUCAAUCAUCUAGGGUCAAAUUUAAGUAUUGCGUCUUUAACAAUUUUCUUUAUAAAAAAAUAAAUUAAAUCAAUUCAACCAUAGGGGGUUAAACUUAAGUAUUGCUUCUUUAACAAUUCUCUUUAUAAAAAAAUAAAUUAAAUCAAUUUAAGCGUUAAACUGAAAAAUUAUUAUU